GGCGGUGGUGAUGGUGGUGCAGUGACGGCGACUCGAUCGCACUGACAUCGGCUCGCAUUGGAUAUCCUUCUUCCGAAUCUCUGCCUAAAGCCACACCUCCCGGCGUCAGCGGCUUCAGGAUGGUGGCGGCGCGCAGCUCACAGUUCCAGUCGGAGCUCCAGGAGCAGGACCGCGGCAACCGGGCCCAGGAGGCCGCGAACAGGCGGAUCCAGGCCUCGAACAGCGACCUCGAGGCCGAGAACCACGCCCUGGAGCGCCGCGCGCGAGCUCUCGUCAACUCCAACAAGCAGCUCCGCAGGGAGCUGAAGGGCCUCGACCUGCAGCUGCACACGGCGCAGUCGCUGGCCGCCGCGGUGGACGCCUUCACCGCCAAAGACGAUACGGCACACAAGAACGGAGACGAGGACUACGGCGACGGCCUCGACCUGAAGAUGGCGCGCGCUUGCCCCUCGGCCGCUGGCAACAUGCUCGCGUUCGUCUGGCAGUUGAGCGUCUACACGUUCUGCUUCAGAAACAAUGCCACCAGCGUGGCCAACACCAACCCAGUGGAGGCGUGCGUCCAGGUCACCCAACUCAUGGUAAGCCUCAGCACCCAGACCGACAAUGCGGGCCAGGACCCGUGGACGGCAAGUGCUCAGUGGUGGUCUGGAUGGACGCCAGACGGCUGGCGCGCGGCAGGUUCAUGGCAGUGGGUUCCCACUGCGGGGGCGAGCCAAGCCGCAGACCCAGCUGCGACGGCUGGCGCGGGGGCGCUGGCGACUGGCGAGACCGACGUGGCGGACGCAUGGCAGGGGUGGCGCGAUCGAGGCGCCAAGGCGACGGGCGGCAAAACCUACGUAGAGCAGGAGAUAGUCGAGGAGGUUCUGCCGCCGCCCUCGCCGUGGGUCUCGGACGUUGACGUGUCGUCCAAGUCUGAUCGGCUCGCGGGGGAGAAGAAGGAAUCGGUGGCUGCUGCGACGAAAGGUUCUUCGAGUUGGUCGGGCUACGCCUUCAUGAGCGCGGAGGACGACCCUACAUUCUUGGAGAACGUGCAGUUGACGAAGCUCGAGAUGACGGCCGACUGUGUCGAAAGUGUGACGGCUGAUACUUGUGCCGCUGGUUUGGCCUCGGAUCCGGUUGACUGGCGCUCGACAGGCACGUGGGCGACCUUCUCCAUCGAGGAGUUGGUUGGUCUGGUCAGUGGGAAGACGAGUUUCGGCCAUUUGAUGAUCAAGAAGCUCGGCAAGAAGAAGAUGCAGCGCAAGCCGAGGACGCUGGGCUCGAUCGUCGAGAGCGACACCGACAUGUCCGGUUCCGAGUGGGAGGCGCUUCCGGAGACGAUCGAGGCGGCUCUCGAGGCGGACGCGAUGACGCAGCAGGAGGAGAUCGAGUUCCACAGCGGCCAGCUCAACCUAGCGAAGUACCAGUACAAGUGGCGUCACUGGUUUCUUCGCCUGACGUGCGUGGACCUGGUGCUCAAGACGAUGAAGGCGAUGGUCCAACGUCUGCCCAAGAGUUUCACGGAGUCGUUCCCGUCCGAGAUGUGCGAGCACCCGCCGUGGGCACGCAAGCAGGGCUCGAAUCCGACGUCGGUGUACGAGCACUGUCGCCAGUGUGCACAGCGGCUGUGGUGCCGCGACAAGACGGCGGAGGAGCUGUUCGACGCGCAGCGCCGGAAGCACGAGAAGGCGACGGCGAAGGUUCAGAGGGCCGAGGCAAAGGAGAAGGCCGCGCAGAUGCUCAAGGACUACAAGAACGGCAGGUUCGAGGCGUUGCCUCCGGACCCCUGGACGCCAGGCCCAGAGCCACAGGGGGCCAGGCGCGUGGUAUCAGGCUCGGGGUCGACGGCGGUGAUCUCGGCCGCGGGGGUCCCUCCGUGCCCGCAGAACCUGCUUGUGCCGAUCGCCGAGGGGUACGUUCCCUACAAGCACCCGCCUCCGGUGAAGCAGGAGGGCGCUCCGCCGAGUGCGGCGGCGGGCGCGACGCCCAAGCCGCCAGGGCCCUCGGCCUCCCGACCGAUGUCGGUCACGGAGAUGCAGACGGCGCUCAGCGACAUGAAGAUCUGCAUCGACACCCAGGCUCGCAGCAACGAGAGGAUCUGGGAGCGUGUCCGGGAGUUCGUCAACUCGGAGAGGGCCGCGAGGGACGCCCAGCCGCCGCCGACGUUCACGGACGAGGACCUGGCGAGGCUGGCCUCCAUGAUGAUGCGGAUCCAGAGCAUCCAGGGGGCCGGCUCGGCGUCGGGGUCGCAGGGCCCGUAG